AACAAACCUAUUUUGAAAUAUUUACUGUGUCUAAAACACAUUUUGAUGCCGACUGUCUAAAUGGUCAUCUUGUUACUUAAAUGUUAAUUUGAUGCUGCUUCAAUUUUCAUGUUGAAUUACAAAUUGGUCAGAGUGGUAAUCGCAUAUAUUAUUUAAGUAACAACCAUAACUUCUUGAACCAACAAAAAUAACACGUACAAAUGCUCACUAAGAUGCUGUAGGGAUCGGGCAUUCUAAGAAAUGAUAAGAAGGAUCUUAUAGAAGUGUUCAAAACGGGACUCACUCUUGAGUAUACUGGUAAUGUUCCCUAAAUCACGAGGAAAGCGUUCAAAUUUGUGAUUAUGCUGAUAUCUAUUAUAACGGUACAGGCCAAUUUUCUGCCAACCUUCUUUUAGACGAAAAAUAAUAUAUGAUUCGAAUCUAAAACUAGGAUGACUGGCCAGCACGUCAAUCAAUCAUGAACGACUCCAUAUCAGUGCGAGAAGCCCAUGAGGCUUUUGUGACGGGACACACUGGUUCAACAGCUAUUGAUGUUAUAUUGGCAAUAUUUCCUGUAAUUCCUGCAUCUUUUCUUGCUGCUUGUUUUGUGAAGGGACGUAUGGGAUGGCUUUGGUUUUUUAUAGAUAGUCUUUUACUGGUUGUUCCACCUACACUUGGAUUUACAGUACUGGCAAACUAUACCCUGGAAGUGAGUGCAGUGCAGAUAUUGCUUGCUGGUUUAGUCCUAGUAUGUACAUCUCAUCCACUACAGGAUUCCUUUCUCAACAAUUCAAAGCACUUAGCAUGUUUGACUGCAAUGAGAGCUAUUUUGAAUGUAAAUACAGCUGUUGCUAUCUUGGGUGUGGAUUUUCACAGUUUUCCAAGGAGAUUUGCCAAAACAGAAGAAUAUGGAUAUAGCGUAAUGGAUGUGGGAGCUGGAGGAUUUGUUGUUGUGAAUGGUUUUGUUGAGGGUCGGAAGAGAAGGUGCUACAAGUCUGUGAUGGUUGAUGCUUUUGUCCUUGCCAUCUUGGGUCUCUUGAGAGUCGUGUUUGUUCAGAUGUCAGAUUACCAGCAUCAUGUAACAGAGUAUGGGGUACAUGGCAAUUUUUUCUUCACACUGGCCUUUACCAAGGCUGCUUGUUCAUGGUGGGUAUAUCGCCUUACCUGGUCUUCAGGUACUUUACUAGCAAUUUUGGUGUGUUUCUGCCAUCACAUUUUAUUAACUGCUGGCCAUAUUGGUUCAUGGACAUUGAGUAAUGCUCCAAGAGAUAAUCUUCUCACUGCAAACAGAGAAUGGAUUGUAUCAAUGCCUGGUUAUAUGGCUAUUUAUUUCUUUGGUGCUGCAAUGGGGAACUACAUAUUCAGGAGAAGAAAUGAGGGGAAGAAGCUCUCUACAUCCUUUCUUGUGAUUACUGCCAUUUUCAGCAUCUCCGUGGUUGUUUUAGGUCAUUAUGUGGACUUGCCAUCUCGUAGACUUGGCAACCCUACCUUUGUUACUUUUGUUAUGACAUAUACUUCAAUAGGUUUUGCAAGUUUUUCACUGAUAGAGGAAACACUGUCACCUGUAUUGUGUGUUCCACCUACCUUGGCUUCCAUCAACCGUCGGCCACUCUCUUUCUUCUUGUUAACUAAUGUAACCACAGGUCUCAUUAACAAAAGUAUCAAUACUUUAACAGUGGAAUAUCCAUAUGAUGUUUGCAUUAUUUCUUGUAAUAUUGUUGCAGUUCUUAGUGUUGUAUAUGUUUUGUACUGUUGGGAUAUAAAAAAUCAAACUAAAGAGAAACAUAAAAAGUUAGAAUAAUAUAAUUUUUCACUUAGAAAUUUACCCAAACAUUUUCUGGUCAUUCUGGUUAAUGUAACAAUGUCAUUAACAUUAAAAUCUUUCAUUGUAUAUUUAUUUGAAAAAGCAUAUGUAUAUUUCUUCAAUUACUAUUCUGUAAUAUGUGUGCCUAUUUAUGGUACCAUAAUUACUCAAAGGAUGAGGUAGUGUAAAUGCAGUAACACUGAUUGGUCUUAGCAGUAAUUGGGGGAAUUAUGACUACUUUAUCUCUAAUGCCUAAUAUAUUUGUAAUUCAGUUUCUUUUAUAUCAGAAAUAUUUCUUAAGCAUUUGAAAGUUAAGCAAAUAUAUUGUUGUACAGUAGCUAUCAGGUACUACUGUAGUCUCAGCUGUCAACAGUCUCUAUAAUAGCAUUGACAAAGAGCCUGUUGUGAUUUGCCCUCUGUUCAUUAGUCACAAAGGUUAGACAGACUCACUUGAAUCUGAGCUGAGAGGGUCAGGGAGAGGGGUUUGUUAAAAACCAUACUGUUUAUUAUUCACUAUCUCAAAGUUUUCAGUUUUCUGUAUUUAGUCUCAGUGGAAAACGCAUUAGAAAACAUAAGUGAAAAUAAGUAAGUGAAAUAAACAGUCAAAUUAUAUGCAGGUUAUUAGCAGUUAAGAUUUUGUAUUUACUUUAAUCCUAACUUUAAAAGAUGGAAAGUCAUUGUGCCAUUUCUGAAUUUAUUAUUUUUUGUUUUUUCAUUGUCAGUGUCAUCUUAUUUAUUUCAUUAUGGUUUAGAACUGUCAUGAUUAUUAUUAAUAGUAGCAAUGGUGGCAGUACUAGAAAAAGUUGUAAUUAAAUCAUAUAUAAAUACUUAUUGCUAUUAUUAUUUUAGAAUAGUCUAGUUUAAGUAGGUCCUAGAGGAAGAUCUCAUGUCAGAUGAUUCUUCCUUUAUUCAGUGAAGACAUGGCAUGCUUGCUCCAUGAAACUGCAAAAUGGCAGUGAUUAACAGAGACCAUGAUAAUGAUAAUCAUCAUAAUUAUAAUAAUGAUAUUGAAGGUACUGAUAACAAUUCAUAAGCCAACAUCAGCAGCAAUACUGACAGUAUCAGUGGUAAUAAUAAUCAUAAUAAUAAAUGAACCCUCCAAUCCCUUGCCUGUUGUUGUCGUGGGGAGGAUAUUAGCAGAUGAGGACUAUGACCCAAUACUGGGGAUCUCUCUUACCUUGGGCCUCAGCCCAUGACUCAACUAAUUUUGCAUGAUCUUUUUCCCCUCCUGCUUAUUUGUUUCUGUCCCAUCUCUAACCCCUUCUACUAUCCACUUCCUAAGGUGUGAGAGCCGUGCUGAAAGGGUGAAAGGUUGACUUUGUGCCAGUCCUGAACGGCCUCAGGGAGCCAUGGGCACUGUAUUCCCAUUUUAGUUGUCUAGCCCUUACCCCUCAAGAGGGACCCUAAGGGGUGGAAUGUUUUUUUCCCCAACAUAGUCUAGGUUUACCAUGGCCAAUAAAAAAAGAAGUUAUACCCUUGUUAGGGGCAGUGAUGCUUGCCCCUUCAUCAAAUAGCCCCACCAAUUCAAACUCCCGGUUUCCACAUCCCAGGCUCUCCUUUGACCACGACUCAACACUGCAGCCACUCCUCAAUAAUACUUGUACCGGAACUGUCUCUAUCUCCCCGACAAACUGCCCUAUCGGUAACAAACAUUAGUCAGAUUAUGGCGAAGAAUUACUUGCCUGCCUCACAGACUAUGAUGUGAUAUCAGUACAGUGCUACUCCAUUCUUCCUAGAGGUUAUCGUAAGAACCCCACCACCAUUGCCAAAAUUACUUUCCGUAGGUAUGACCUCUUUAAUGUCUACAUUGGUGGAUAAUCCUUGUCUGACCAUAUCAGCCCAGACACUGGGCUACCUCUAGAUGCUUAGAUACACCACCUGUACAACAGAUAUACACAUAAAUAUAUAAAUGUUACUUUGCCCCCACCCACCCCAAUUCCUAGCUCGUUAUUAUCAUGAGGGUUGGGGGCUUGGGAGACAGAGACUGAGGCCCAAUGUAAGGGAUCACUCCUAUCUUGGACCUCAGCCCUCGCCUCGCCUAAUUUUGCAUAGUCUUUUCUUUUCCUUCUCUCCUUCAUCCCCUUCUGUCCACUUGUUAGGAUGUGAGAGACAUACUGAAACGAUGAAGGGCUGGCUCUGUGUCAGUCGUGAAUGGCCUCCAAGGAGCCAUGGGCAGUUUUCCCUUGGAUGAUCGCCUAGCACCUACCCCUUAUUUCUUUCCCACACUUAUUUCAGGCUCACCAUGGCUAAUAAUGAAGAUUUUUUCACCAUUAUUAGGGGCAUUAAGGCUUGACCCAUCAUCAACUAGCCUAUCUAAAUUUGAUUUCUGGUUUCCCGACCGCUGACGCUCCUUUGAUCACGGCUCUGACCACUGAUAUUGAUACCCCCUCCUCGAUUCCAUCCCGAAUCAUCCACCCAGGUCAUUACUUAACCUUCAGAAUACAUUCCUUCCAAUAAACUUAUGCAAUACUC